AAAACAAAGGGAACAAAAACGCACAGUCAUUGCAGGCGUGUUGCGGACAGAACAAGAAGUGUGUCAGUUUGACUCACGCGCACGCACCCCACACGCACGGAUAUGACGGAUGCACACCACCCGACAAUGCUCAGGCCAAAGACAAGCGCCCGACAGCUCGUCAUCCUGCGUGGGCUGCCUGGCUCGGGCAAGUCCACACUCGUGCGGUCCAUCGUCCAGCGCCACGCGCAAGAGCGCAGGCGCCUCAGCCACCAAACCCAACAAGAACCAGAGCAACUGCAGCAACUGCAGCAACUGCAGGACAGGUCAGCCCACACGGACGCACAAGAUGAAGGCACUGCUGCUGCGCCGGCAAUGGCGACGCCAGAAGUAGCAGCGCCCGUCGUUGUAUCCGCUGACCACUUCUUUGAAGACGAGAAUGGGGGCUACGAGUACAACGCUGACAACGUGAAGCAUGCGCACGAGGCUGCACGUACCCGUGCGCUGGACGCCAUGCAGCGCCGUGUGCCACUCGUUGUUGUCGACAACACCAACGUGCAGUUCUGGGAGCUCCAGCCCUACGUUGAGAUGGCAAUUCGAAACGGAUACAACGUGGACGUGCAAGAGCCGCAGACGGAGUGGCGAGAUGAUAUCCAAGCAUGCACGGAGCGAAACAAGCACAAAGUGCCCGAGCACGUGAUCCGGCGUAUGCGCGACAAGUACGAGCCCAUCGAGACCGUGCGGCGCAAGGUCGCCACGCUGCUCAACAACAGGAAAGCGCUGGUCACCGGUGCUGUUCGUUCGCGACACGCGAGCACGGGCAGUGAUGGGCGCGAGUCGCGCGAUCGCACCCAGCCGACGUCAUCUUCUACCGGAUCAUCACCUUCCACAUCAUCAACACAGCAGCAACGACAACAACGACAGCAACGGCAGCAGCAGCAGUCACAGCAUCUGAACGGCAACGGGCACGCCCAUGACGCAGCCAGCUGCAACAGUGCCCGCGAAGGUGUGAGAAGCAGCGACGAAAGCGCACACGCGCAUCUGGAGCAGCUGCGUGCACAGCGGCGGGCGAGCAGACAGCACAGUGCACAUGGGGAGAGCCGCAGCCCUUCUGCUGCUGCCGUGGAGCGCCAGCCGUACCGGCCAACUCGGACGUCCCCAGACAGGCACCAACUCCCCCAACAGCAGCAGCAGCAGCAGCAGCAGCAGCGUCACAGCAUGAGCCCUGGCGACGACAUCAAGGCAACAGCAGAGAGGAGGAAGAGAAGCCAGUCGCUUCCUCCCACCACCGCUGCGGCGACCACGAUCCAUGAUGAUGAUGAUGAUGAUAAUGACGAUGAUGAUGGUGAUGACGAUGACGACGUCGACGCCCCAGCGCAGUGGACGCAGCUUCCGCAAGCGAUGGCCGUGGUGCAGGCACAGAUACACCAGUUGCAGCAACAGCACAAACGGGAGCUCAGAGAGCACCACGAAAAGGGUGUGAAGAUCCUGAAGCGCCAACAGGCAGAAAUGGAUGACCUUCGAAAGCGGCUCAAGCCUGCACUGGUGGCAGGGCUCAGACGCGAGAAGCAACAACAACAACAACAACAACAACAACAACAACAACAACAACAACAACAACAACGGCAGCAGCAAGAUCGUGGCGUCAGUACCCAGGCCACUGCCAGUCAUCGCGGCACUCAGGCUGCUGCAGCAACGGUGGCAGCACGGGUCAACGGCGGUUCAAGGGCGCUUGUUGGCGCUGUUGGUGUCGAGGAACGGGAGCUCGAGCAUCCCCAGCGCAGCGUUGCCGGCACUGCACACGACGAAGACCAAGAAGUGGAGGCGAGCACAGCGUCACAUUACCCGCACGUAAUCCGGCCCACCGCGCCCGCAGAUGAUGUCGUUCACGACGACAACGACAACGAUGACAAUGGUGACGACGACGAUCAUGACGACGCUGAUCAACCACGUCAAGCGCAUCAGCAUGGUGAUCGGGGUGAAGCGAGCCAAGAUGCACAUGGUGUGCACAUGGGUGGGGAAGGAAUGGACAUGUCGGCGGCUUCCAUGAAGCAGCAGCUGAUUGCAAUGGGGUUCGAGGACAACCACGACCUUGAUCGGGCCAUCCAGUGUAGCAAAGGGUCUGUGCUUGAAGCGCUGGAUUUUCUCGAAACAUUCAAGGCGGUGGCGGCUGCAGAUGGCCCUGGCACGGGAGACACGCCCGCCCCCACAUCCACCACACCUGUCCACCGUGCCGCUACACCUUCCAUGUCCGUGGAUGAUGAUGACGAUGAUAAUGAUGAUGACGAUGAUGAUGAUGAUGAUGACGAUGAUGAUGAUGAUGAUGAUGAUGAUGGCCGCGAGAACUUGAAUGAUGACCGUGUCAGCCGUGGUGGGAAUGGUGGUGGAUAUGGUGGAGACGGUAUUGGCACGGGCGGUGCUGGCUCGGGGCACGGAUGGAGGCAAAUGGAGGCAAGUCCACUAAUGGACACGAGUGCUGAUGAUGGUGAUGAUGAUGCCCGUUUCAACGACCACAGUGCACAUGGCAACCCUGCAGCAACCUCUGGUGCGCCUGGUGAUGACGAGGAUUUUGCAUUGCAGCAAGCGCUGCUGCAGUCAGCCCUGGAUGACUCGCACGCCUCCCCACACAACGAUCGCGAUGACGACGACGACGACGACGACGACAACGAUGAUGAUGAUGAUGAUGAUGAUGAUGAUGAUGAUGAUCGCGGUGGCCGUGUGUAUGAUGAUGACGACGACGAUGAUGACGACUAUGAUGAUGGCGGUGUUGGUGGUGACUUUGGACAGCGCCAUACUGAAUAUCCAGGGCAACAGAUCGACGGGACAGAGCGCUAUCAAACGCUCCAAUUUCUGCGAGACGCAUAUCCGCACGUGCCUGUUGCGCGCCUCCAUCGCCUCAUCAACACCGGGAAAUCGGCUGCGGAGAUCAGCGAUGCAUUGAGAGGAGAAGAGCCCCCAACACCGCGUGCUGCGUCGCCAGUCCGUGAGGGCCCGCCGUUCACGCCGGCGGUGCUGAAGAGCUGGCUGGAGGAGUGGCAGGAGCAGUUCCCCUGGCUGCGACUGGUGGAGCUGAAGCGGCUGGCAGCGGGGCAGGAGUCGAAGGAUGCGGUGUAUGCGCAUGUGGUGAGCAGGAACUACGAGCAGCAGCAGAUGGCACCCGGAGCUGCGAACGCCCGGCACCAGCGGCAGGAAAAGUACCUAGCCGGGUUCAACAAGGCAAUGAAGACAAAGGCAAUCAAGGAUGCGCUCCAGAAGUACAGGUUUGUGACCGAGCCUGAGGCGAAGCUGGCGUUCAGGAAAGCAACCACGCUGGCCGAGUUUGAUACGCGGCUCAAGGGGAAGAACAACAGGAAGCGAGAGGAGCAGCUUGGUUCAGGCACACCAUCAUCACGUUACACGUCGUCGUCGUCGUCAUCAACCGCAUUUACUUCGGCGCAGCGUGGCAGCGAGUACAACCCGCUCAACUACGAAGCGCUGCACACACGGGCGUGGGCACCCACGGCAUCGACGGCGACGGGAACAACGGUGCCGCGACUGGACGAGGUGGCACAGCAGCAGCAGGCAGCACAGCUCUUUUUUGAGGACAAUGGAAAUUCCGAGCUGUCGCUGAAGCUGCAGCGGUUGGCCCGAAAGUUUCCCGGUGCCACGGAGGAAGAGCUGUUUGAUGCCCUCAACCUGCACCACAACAACGAGCAUGCAGCCGCUAGCUAUCUCCGCCGGUCAGCCCUUCUCGCGCCGCUGCCUGCAAGCAAUGGCGCACCAGGGUCAUCGGCAGCGAACUUGGCCUCUUCGUGGCAGCGACCCGAUCCCAUGAGCGCGGCGUCGCGCGUGGAGACUGCGGUGCAUACGCGAUCAUCGACCUCCCCGGGCAUGCGGCGGACAGCCAGCGCACGCAAUCGCACCAACAGGAACAAGCUCGCAGGCUCGGGCAUGCAGCGUUCGUCAUCGACGCGGUCCAAGUCCAAGUACAGCUACAACGGCGGCAGCGGGCGGUCUGGCCACAUGUCGUCUCCGCCACAUUACCACGAUGAUGCGCACAGCACCUCCCCCGACUCUCUCCACUCCCACUCGGCAAGGUUGCACUCAAAGAGCGCACAGCUGCAGCAGAAGGCGAACAACUAUGACCCGAAGAAGUACCCUGGUGUGCGCAGCCAUUACAGUGGGCAGGCGGCCACGUAUCGCCACCGUGCGCGAGAGGCAGAUGCAGUUGCAGCCCAUUCACUCAUGAUGCACAACAGCAAAGGCCUUCGCCGUAACACAUACGACCUUCACGGCUUGUCUGUGACGGCCGCUAUCCGAGAAGUCAGAGAGCUCAUCGAUGACGCUAACGCACGCCGCCGCAGCGGCUUGACUGCUCCCCGCUCCUUCUAUUUCGUAACGGGAUCGGGACAGCACAGCGCUGACGGACGGUCGAGGAUCAAGGCCGCGCUCAAGAAUUUCUGCACUGGAUCCGGCCUCCGAUACGAGGACGUGGACGGCGCAACCAUUAAGAUCAUCGCACGCCCCCACCGCUGA